AUGAUUGUCUUCCCCUCUCUUCGUUCUUUUAUUCUUCUACCGAUUCCUUCUCUCACUAUUUCUGCUUCUUUACCUGACAAAGCCCUUGGAAUUUUGUUAUGUGGUUUUUACUUUUCUUCAAAUAUUCUCCAAAUCCAUUGUUGUAUUUCGUUGUUUUCUUUUUACCUUAUGCUUUCCUCAUCUUAUUCUUUAGAUAUAUCUCGUCUCCUCUUUUCUAUUUCUUCUCAGUUUGAUUUCUAUGCCCACACUAUUCAUAUCUAUCUAUCUAUCUAUCUAUCUAUCUAUCUAUCUAUCUAUCUAUCUAUCUAUCUAUCUAUCUAUCAGCUGGUUUUACCUUAUAUCUACCAAUGUGAAAGACAUCCGAGGAAGGAAGAAACAGUUUUAAAUUUCCUACUUCUCCAAACAUUAUUUUGUGGAUACAGUUGUGAUCCGUCAGUAAACUGCUUAAAAAUGUCAGAAGGGACUGGAGAGCCACCAGAUGAAUUCUUGCAUUCAGAUACGAAUUAUAAGCAAAAAUGGCGAGAAGAAACGAAAGCGAGGCUCUUACAACGAGCCAAAAUACGGAAAGAGCAAUCUUUCCCGGAAUUAGCACAGAAAUUGAAAUUGACUAUCAAACGAGAAAACAUUAUAUGUCAGAAAGCUGUAGAUUUUUUAAAGAACGUGCGAGAAUCAAGAUACGGGCUUCUCGAAGAAUCCUUUUCAACUGAUAACCAUCGCUUGACUUCAAGCACACGUGUAGAUUAUCCAUUGCCGAAUGCUAACUCUCAUGUUGUUCCCGGUAGCAAGCCUUACAAUCCCAGUUUUGUUGUUGAAAAAUCUAACUUCUUUUGUGCUGAACUACUUUCUCCAGGAGCUAAUAACUGA